CGGAGGGGAAAGGUAGGCUAAGAGAGGGAGAGGGGAUCAUCACUCGAAGCGUGGACAAGCAUCUGAGCAGCAGUAGCCACAACAGCCUGAACCAGCGUCGCUUUAACCUCACAAAUUCACCACCUCCUCUGUUACAAUUAUAAUUGGUCCGUCCACGUGACAAAUACCGCUCUAUUACUUGGAAAGAAUCGCAAGCGCGUGUUUUUUUUAAGGUGCCAACGAUCUCUGACAUCUUAACUUGAGAAAGUGUUCUUUGUGCGGUUAACAAAGGUCCAUUGCUACGCUUUAACUCGGGACAGCGAGGAUUGAUUGGAUUGAUUGGAGGGUUGAUUGGAUGGACCUCCACUGGCCCACCUUCAAGAUGGACAGCUCCUCCUACCUGCCCGGUCCCCUGGCGUCCCCAGCCCUGAUGGUGCUGGCCUCCACAGCCAAGACAGGCCGUGAUGCCUCCGUCCCCUGCCAGGCCCCGAGGUCCUUCAGGGCCCCAAUCUUUGAGAAGGACCUCCCCUUCCCUUCCGGCUCCUACACAUUUGCCUCCAUGUACAACCGUCAGGGGCCUAUCUCCAGCCACAGCUCCUUCCCUGCCAGAGACUUCCCUGCCUCCCUGCUCCACCUCCAUCCUCAGUUCCAGUUUCACCCUAACAAACUGGACUGCCCUUCCCUGGGGAUGCUCAACCACAUUGGGGUAGGGGCCUUCCGACCCUUCUCCUCCCCGCCUGAAGAGAAGGAGACCAGGGGUUAUCAGUCAGCCUUCACCCCUGCUAAGAGACUCAAGGGCUGCUACACAGAUUCUGAGGGGAAGGAGUAUGAUUUUGGAGGAGGGUGUUUCCUCUCUGGCUCACCGGGAUCACUCAAGGCUGCCGAGGAUUCUGGGAGGAAGUUGUUUACGGUGUCUGGGCUGCUGUCGAACAGAGAGGCCUCGUCUAGUCCUGAGGACCGUAAAGAACACUGUAAGGGUAAUGUCCUGUAUGACUCCCUGCCCCCAGUGUGUCCAGUGUGCCAUGCUGUGUUACCACCAGGUGAGCUACAGGAGCACAUGGAGCAGGAGAUGGGCAGACUGGCACAGUUACAAAUCAGUACUAAUUCAGUGCAGAGGAACCAUCCAUUAGGAGCUACGAAGACCCUCUCACUAUCACUGCACAUUAAAUGUGAGGGUGGGUCCCCCACCUUUCUCUCCUGCCCUCCUGAAGAGCCCCACUCAGACAGAUACCAGACGUUUCUGCGUGUGAGGACAAACAGACAUGCAAGACUGAAUGUCGAUGAUUGGUGCCACGCCAAACCCGCUCUUUUAAGUCACCUAACCCCAGACUGCCAAAGAAUUGUCAGGAUCGGCAAGCUGAAGAGGAGGAGACCUUACGUGGGCCAGGACAUUUUGUUGGACCUGGGGGGGGAGGAGUGGAGUGAGCGGAGGAGGAUACGGAUGACAUCCAUACUGGGAGGGUGUGAAGGGUCGGUGUUUGUGAGCAGCAGCACAUCUAAGGAAGGCCGUGGUGACAGUGACGCUGACCUGGACGUGGAUGGAGAUGACACUCUGCAGUAUGGAAGAGUACAAUGUACGGAGGCAGACAUCCCCUGUUCAGGGAAGGAUCCUGGGGAGGUGGGGGAAACACUGAGGGGGGCGGUUUUAAAUGGUGGUACACUGUCCAACAGAGUAACUCUGGAACAUUCCAAAUGGACAAAUGAGGGAAGUCCAUCCACUAGCAACGGAGAGAGCAACAAACUGGAUAACAGCAUAGCCUCCCUACACAGGACCUGUAAAAAUAGUGACAUUGAUAUAUUGCAAAAAAGUUGAAGAGAUUUCCCAACUAAUCCAUGGCACCUGGCACUGAUUCCAUGGCACCGAUUCCAUGGCACCUGGCACUGAUUCCAUGGCACUGAUUCCAUGGCACUGAUUCCAUGGCACUGAUUCCAUGGCACCUGGCACUGAUUCCAUGGCACCUGGCACUGAUUCCAUGGCACCAGGCACUGAUUCCAUGGCACCAGGCACUGAUUCCAUGGCACCAGGCACUGAUUCCAUGGCACCAGGCACUGAUUCCAUGGCACCAGGCACUGAUUCCAUGGCACCUGGCACUGAUUCCAUGGCACCAGGCACUGAUUCCAUGGCACUGAUUCCAUGGCACUGAUUCCAUGGCACCUGGCACUGAUUCCAUGGCACCUGGCACUGAUUCCAUGGCACCAGGCACUGAUUCCAUGGCACCUGGCACUGAUUCCAUGGCACCAGGCACUGAUUCCAUGGCACUGAUUCCAUGGCACCUGGCACUGAUUCCAUGGCACCUGGCACUGAUUCCAUGGCACCUGGCACUGAUUCCAUGGCACCAGGCACUGAUUCCAUGGCACUGAUUCCAUGGCACAUGGCACUGAUUCCAUGGCACAUGGUUUAUGAACUGAUAUAUGUUAAACAACGCCAGAUUCAAAACGUAGAUGUUUUCAAUUAAAAUGAUUAUACAAAAUUCUUGCAACCAGUAGAAUGUUAUAUAUUAUGGGGGAUACAACCAUCCUGCUCUGCCGAUUUUGCUGCAAAGAGACAGAAUCAUUAGAGAAUUUGUUUGGGGACUGUCCUUAUGUAGCUUUUUUUGGUCGCAGGUCCAGCAAUGGCUGAAGAAUUACAAAAUGCACUGCUGGGUGAUUUGAAAUGUCAUAGUCAAUCAAUAAAAUAAUAAUACUUUAAGAAAAUGUUGUAUCUUUUAAUUUACAAUCUGUAGAAAACUAUGAGAAUGGAAAGGUUCAGAACAUCACAGCACAGUUAAAAAAUAUAUGGCAAAA